CUUCGUGGUCAUGCGUAAUCGGAAGUCAAGUAGAGGGGCAAUCUCUCGCGCUUCCGGGUAGUGUUAAUGCUUCUCUCUCGUCUAGCUCCAGUUUAACAAACAGAUAUCUCGGAAAGAAGUCCGUCGUGAGAAACAGUUUGGUGGUUACGUCGCUACCUUACAGGAUCAAGCAAGGGCGAGACAGUGAAUGGAAUAUGGAGUGUAUUCCACUUGCUGUUGAUGUGGAUUGUAAAAAGGAGCCACUUCUAGAAGACCCAGAGUAUAAUGUCUACACCCGGUUUAUGAAGUCUCAUCGGUGCUAUGACUUGGUCCCUACCAGCUCCAAGUUGGUUGUGUUCGAUACUUCACUGCAGGUAAAGAAGGCGUUUUUCGCUCUGGUGUCCAAUGGGGUGAGAGCAGCGCCACUCUGGGACAGUAAGAAGCAGUGUUUUGUAGGUAUGCUGACAAUCACAGACUUCAUCAUCAUCCUCCAUCGCUACUACAAGUCGCCUUUGGUGCAGAUAUAUGAGCUGGAGGAGCACAAGAUAGAGACGUGGAGAGAAGUCUACCUUCAAGACUCCUUCAAGCCCCUCGUCAGCAUAUCCCCUAACGCAAGUCUGUAUGAUGCAGUGUCUUCUCUGCUGAAGAAUAAGAUCCACAGACUUCCUGUGAUCGACCCUCUGACAGGGAACACCCUCUACAUCCUCACUCACAAGAGGAUCCUCAAAUUCCUCAAGCUCUUUAUAUCGGAGAUGGCAAAACCUGCCUUCUUAGGCCAGACUCUAGAGGAGCUGGGCAUCGGAACGUUCCAUAAGAUUGCAGUGGUGCGUUUUGACACACCCCUCUACACAGCACUGGGCAUCUUUGUGGACCAGAGAGUGUCUGCCCUGCCUGUCGUCGAUGACAAUGGACGAGUGGUGGACAUUUACUCAAAAUUCGAUGUCAUUAACCUAGCAGCAGAGAAGACGUACAACAACCUGGAUGUGACUGUGACCAAAGCCCUGCAGCACCGCUCUCAGAAUUUUGAGGGAGUGCUCACCUGCAGUACACACGACACACUGGAGUCCAUCAUCAACAGACUGGUGGAGGCAGAGGUGCACAGGCUGGUGGUGGUUGAUGAGCAGGAGGUGGUGAAGGGCAUCGUCUCUCUCUCAGACAUCCUCCAGGCACUGGUUCUCACUAAUGAAGAAGCAGACUAAGGAACUGCUUGAGGAAGUGAUAAAGGAAAGAUUCCCCCAAACAGAUCAGGAAGGAUAGAGAAGAUGAGGAUCCUGGAAGAGAGGGAGGAAGAGGAGUGACGUGAGAGAGGGGAAAGAUAAGAAUCUUCAACAUAUCCCGUCAUGUACAAAUGUACGUCUAGAACACAGGAGGACCUCUUUCUAUCUCUCUCUCUCCAUAAAAAUGUGAAGUCCCAUUGACUUUCUCAAUCAAGCAAUAUAGACACAUACAGUAACAAGGGACAUACAGGAACACUGUAAACCAAGCCAAAACCCAAGCAACCAAAAAGACCCAAACAAGAAACAGGUCCAGAAGUGGCCAAUGGAGUGGCGCUGUAUGUCCAUUCUGGGAAGCCAAACACAACCUCUGUAUGUGCAGGUGGUGGACCUAUACAGUACAGGAAUGAUGUGUAGUUAUAUGAAGGGGAUCAAUUUGCCACUUCUCAGACAAAUCCAUUCCCCACCUAUUCUCUCCCAUUUGGUCUGAAGAUACACUGGAGAGAGGAGUCAGUCACUUCCCACCCUGGCCCUAAACUGAGCAGCAUUCCUUUACCCAUCAUCCAUAGGUCUGGAAUCUCUAAAGCACGACUAGCCAGCCAAUCAUGGAUCACAGGUUAAUGAAUGUCACAGUGGAACUUGAAGAUAUAAAAAUCUACAAUGGAAACUCUGCUGCCUUGGUUACAGUAUGUGAAGUCUGGAAUGUCGGAGAUGGAACUGCUGUAGAAUAUUUAUGUAAAUGUAACAAAAUGUUUAAAAAAAUUUUGUGCUUGUUUGUCUUGACACACAUUUAUUUUGACCCAGAAGACUGGAGAAAUGGUUCAUGGUGUGGCAGUAACAUGGGGUUGUUUUUAGGGCUUGCUUAGCCUUGUUCUUCAAAAUCCUUCUAAAGCUACGUGAUAAAUUAUUUUGCCUUUUAAGUUUGACUCAUUUCCCAAUCCCAACAAGAUUUAUUUUAGAAAGUUUUCAACAACAUGUAGCGUGAGUGUGUGGAUUGAUCAUGAUGGAGUCGGUCACUUUUGCUUGUGAACCUUUUCUAGUCUCCUGAUUGGCUGUUGUAAGCGCUCCUGAGGUAGAUCAGUGAAGCAUUAGACAUGACCUUAUUGCCCUGGCUAUAUUCCAUUUUCUUUCAUCCUUGUUAUAGGAUCCAGUUUGAGCCUUUCAUUACUUCCAGCACUUUCCUUUUUCACAUUCCGAGGGCAAACCAAUCUCGAUGAAUGAAAAGGACUUCCUUGGGCCAUUGACUCAGUACAUUUUAAAAUUUUAUUUUUCAAAAUUGACUUUUAGUAUGAAUACGAUUUUUUUCUACUACUCAUGUGAAUUGAAGUUCUAAUUUAAUGCAUGAGCAAUACAUAUUAUUUAUCUUACAUGGGGUUGUGUUUUUCUGCAGUUUUCUGCCAUUCGUUUUGACAUGCACUUUUGAAUGUUUUGUCUUGGUGAAGCAGUAGGGUUGAUGUGUAACUGAGUGGGUGUAGGUCAGCGAGAGGUUGUGGGAUGAGCAGGAUGUGAUGUAACACUAUGGCCUAGAUUUAAUCAGAUCAAGCAUUAACCGGCGAUAGCCGACACCCCGCAUAGCUGAUGUGUCGGCGGUGUAACUGCGUUGGAGCUUUCAAAUCGUGAUCAUUGUCAAGAAGCCACACCCGUCUCACUCGCAUUAGAAUUUCCGAACGAGAACGUGUAGGCUAUAUAGAAAUGACGCUCAAAUUGAAAAUCAUUAAACAAAAUGAUUUUUAUCAACCUAAUCAAUGUAGAUUACAUCACAUAUUCCAGUGUCUGAACUUGUAAAAACGGCUGCAUGGGAUUUAUCUUAAUGCAACUGCCUUUAUGUUGCUGGACCCCAGGAAUAGUAGCUGCGGUCUUGGCAGCAGCUAAAUGGGAUCCUCAAAUACAAAUACAAACUGUGCAGCCAAUGGCAAUGUCCGCUUUAGGUAUAAUGCCGGGAGCCGCUUGUGGAUUUGACAGCUCUAACGCAGUUGCAUCUUCCACCGCCAAAACAACUGCUAUGCGGGUGUCGGCUAGCACGGAUCUGAUAGAAUACAGCCUGAAGUCAGGGUAAUGAGACUGCUGACCACACGUUUGUGAACAUGAAUCAGCAACUGUGGACGAAGCAUUAUUACAGGGAAUAGAGAGGGACAUUAAACUUUCCUUUUGAUUUGAAUGAGGGGUAGGAAGACAUAAUUAAGGUUGCAUCCGAAAAAUAUUGAAAGAUGCAUACACCAAAAUGAAUGAUUAGAAACAGUUUUUGCAUUAGAUGUACAUACUGGUGUGAGCAAAUAAACAGACAAAAAUAAUGUAAAACAGUUGUAUUUAUUACUAUAGGCUAUAUAAUAUUACCUAUAUACAAGAUUGGAUACUUGUCCUGAAAAGGUUUUCACUCGGUUUUAAAAGCUUAUUUUGAUUUCUUUGUCCAGAUGUCUGGACAGAGACCUGGGUGUUCUCAUGAUUCAUCGCUUCAUUAAACACUCCAUAGUUCAAUACAA